ACUGAUAGCCAGUCAUCGACUUGAGGAGGCUGAGGGCAAGAGGGCUCAAAGGAGAAAACCGACCCCGGACUUUUGUCCUUUUAGAAAUCCGAAUCCAAAAAUGGGCAGCAUGGACUCCUACGAGCAGGUCCAAAAGGGACCCCUGAAGCUCAAAGGAGUCACAGAGCUUGACGUGACCAAGCGGAAGAAGAAAAAGGGCAGAGACAAAGCAAAACUCCUGGAAACGAUGGGCAAAAUCCAGAAGAACCAGGAGGAGGAGCUGAGGCACCACCUCGAUAAGCGGACCCCAGCCCAGGUGGCCUUUGAGAAGGUGCAGGAGAAGCGACAAAUGGAGAGGAUCCUGAAGAAAGCAUCCAAAACCCACAAGCAGAGAGUGCAGGACUUCAACAGACACCUGGACACGCUCAUGGAGCACUAUGACAUUCCUAAAGUCAGCUGGACCAAGUAGCCGCCCCACCAGGAGAUGGAGUAUUGUCCAGGGGAAGCAGGAAGCAGAGUUGGGUUCAUCUCUGGAGCCUUUGGAAACAUUCUUUUACACACAUCCUUUUGAGUCUUCUGCUGAGCCCGUGCUUAUCAAAGUAAUGGGCCCUUAUACUGGAACUGCAUUUAAGAGAGAUGGCCCUUUAACUCUAAAUUAAAAAAAAAAAAAGUGUAA